CGUUCAUAAUACUAUAGUCUUAAGCGUGAAUAUAUCGAGGUUCAUGUGCAUUCUUGCGCAUUAUACGCAUUUACUGUAAUUCAACCACGAAAUAUCUGGACCUGGACUAUGCGUUGUGAACGCCGGAACUUUAUUCAGCUGGACCGUUUGACAACAAGCUUGAAUGUUUAUAAGCUAUUAAAAAUUUCCUGAUGAAUUUGGACAUACGCCCUGGUCUGUCAAGUCGUGAGAACGUCCAUUGUAUGCUCAUAGCUUGAGCGCGUUAAUGAAAUGCGCUACUGUAGGCUCUAGCUGGGAGUGAUCAUAUGUGGGCAGGAUCCAGGGUUCUUAAGCACAUGUGACAGGACCGAGUCGGUUUAUUGAGACAUUUAUAACGACUCCACUGUUAGAGAACCUCAUUAUCACAAGAACAUAGGCAGAUAGAAAGAGACAACGAAAGAUGGACAUUAAGGACCAAGGAGCUCAAAUGGAGCCUCUUCUGCCAACGGUAAUCACUCCUGGGGAGGGCAGAAAUGUGAGGAGCGAUGAGGAGGCCGUGGUCGACAGAGGUGGCACCAGGUCCCUGCUGAAAACCAACUUUGAGAAGGAAGAACUAGAAGGUCACCGGACGCUCUACAUCGGCGUGCACGUUCCCCUGGGCCGGAAGCCGCACCGGAGACACCGGCACCACGGGCACAGGCACCGGAAGAGGGACAGGGAACGUGAUUCGGGCGUGGACGACGGCCGCGAGUCGCCCAGCUACAACACCCCGUCACAAAGAGUGCAGUUCCUCUUGGGGACCGAAGACGAUGACGAAGAGCACAUCCCUCACGACCUCUUCACCGAGCUGGACGAGAUCUGUCUGCGUGAAGGGGAGGACGCGGAGUGGAGGGAGACCGCCAGGUGGCUGAAGUUUGAGGAGGACGUGGAGGACGGCGGGGAGCGCUGGAGCAAGCCCUACGUGGCCACGCUGUCCCUGCACAGCCUGUUCGAGCUGCGCAGCUGCAUCCUCAACGGCACCGUGCUGCUGGACAUGAGAGCGAAUUCGCUGGAGGAGAUCGCAGACAUGAUUCUGGACCAGCAGGACUCCUCAGGCCAGUUGGAGGAGGACGUCCGGAAGAAGAUCCGAGAUGCGCUCCUCAAGCAGCACCACCACCAGAACCAGAAGAAGCUGGCCAAUCGGAUCCCCAUUGUGCGCUCCUUCGCUGACAUCGGCAAGAAACAGUCCGAGCCCCACUCCAUGGACAAAAACGGUCAGAUGAUCCCCCCUCAACCUCAGCCUUGCUCCACUGAGGGGAAGGGUGAUGUCAGCCGGGAGAACAGUGCAGUGGACUUCAGCAAGAUAGACCUGCACUUCAUGAAGAAGAUUCCCCCGGGUGCUGAAGCAUCCAACAUCCUGGUGGGAGAGCUGGAGUUUCUGGACCAUCCCGUGGUGGCGUUUGUGCGCCUCUCACCCGCCGUCUUGCUGAACGGACUAGCGGAGGUUCCCAUCACCACCAGGUUCCUGUUCAUUCUGCUGGGGCCACUGGGGAAAGGGCCACAGUACCACGAGAUCGGUAGAUCAAUCGCAACUCUGAUGACAGACGAGGUUUUCCAUGAUGUCGCUUACAAAGCCAAGGACCGCAACGAUCUGGUGGCCGGUAUCGAUGAGUUCCUGGACCAGGUGACAGUGCUGCCCCCAGGAGAAUGGGACCCAUCCAUUCGGAUUGAACCACCAAAAAAUGUCCCAUCUCAGGAGAAGCGUAAGAUUCCAGCAGUGCCCAAUGGCACAGCUGAGCUCAACGAGCAUGGCGGCCAUGGAGGCCCAGAGCUGCAGCGCACUGGCAGGCUCUUUGGCGGGCUCGUCAUGGACCUUAAGCGCAAAUUGCCGCACUACCUGUCGGACUACACGGACGCACUCAGCCUGCAGUGCUUGGCCUCCUUCCUUUUCCUGUACUGCGCCUGCAUGUCUCCUGUCAUCACCUUUGGGGGCUUGCUCGGGGAGGCCACUGAGGGUCGCAUUAGUGCCAUUGAAUCCCUGUUUGGAGCUUCCAUGACAGGGAUAGCAUAUUCCCUGGUUGCAGGCCAGCCUCUCACCAUACUGGGCAGCACAGGACCUGUGCUGGUGUUUGAGAAGAUAUUGUUCAAAUUUUGCAAGGAGUACGGGCUGUCCUACCUCUCGCUGAGAGCGUGCAUCGGACUGUGGACCGCGUUCCUCUGCCUGGUCCUGGUGGCCACGGACGCCAGCUCCCUGGUCUGCUACAUCACGCGCUUCACUGAGGAAGCCUUCGCCUCCCUCAUCUGCAUCAUCUUCAUUUACGAGGCCUUGGAGAAGCUGAUCCACCUGGGAGAAACCUACCCCAUCAACAAGCACAAUGACCUUGACAGACUCACCCAGUAUUGGUGUGCCUGUAAGCAGCCUCUGGACCCCAGCAAUGCCACCCUGAGCUUUUGGGAGGACAACAACAUCACCACUUCCGAGAUCUACUGGGAUGCUCUGGAUGUCCAGGACUGCAUAGAGAAACGAGGGGAGUUUGUGGGCAGCGCCUGCGGUCCCCAUGGCCCGUACGUCCCCGAUGUCCUCUUCUGGUCCAUUGUGCUCUUCUUCUCCACCGUCGCUAUGUCUGCUUUCCUCAAGGAGUUCAAGACAACCCGCUACUUCCCCACCAAAGUGAGAGCCAUCAUCAGCGACUUUGCCGUCUUCAUCACCAUCCUCACCAUGGUUUUCGUUGACUAUGCCUUAGGAGUCCCAUCUCCAAAGCUCCAAGUCCCCAGUAAAUUUAAGCCCACCAGAGAUGACCGCAAUUGGUUUGUCAACCCCUUGGGCCCCAAUCCCUGGUGGACCACGGUUGUGACAGUCAUCCCUGCCCUGCUGUGCACCAUACUUAUUUUUAUGGACCAGCAGAUCACAGCUGUGAUCAUCAACCGAAAGGAGCACAAACUCAAGAAAGGCUGUGGGUAUCACCUGGACCUGUUCGUGGUGGGGCUGAUGCUGGGCGUGUGCUCGAUAAUGGGCCUCCCCUGGUUUGUGGCAGCCACCGUGCUCUCCAUCUCCCACGUCAACAGCCUGAAGCUGGAGUCGGAGUGCUCCGCCCCCGGGGAGCAGCCCAAGUUCCUGGGCAUCCGGGAGCAGCGCUUCACUGGCCUCAUGAUCUUCCUGCUCAUGGGCUGUUCCGUCUUCAUGACCUCCGUCCUCAAGUUCAUCCCCAUGCCUGUGCUGUACGGAGUUUUCCUUUACAUGGGAGCUUCUUCGCUCAGGGGAAUUCAGUUCUUUGACCGUCUAAGGCUUUUCGGUAUGCCGGCAAAGCACCAGCCAGAUUUCAUCUACCUGCGUCACGUUCCCCUGAGGAAGGUCCACCUCUUCACCGUCAUCCAGCUUAGCUGCCUGGUCCUCCUCUGGGUCAUCAAGACUUCCAGGGCUGCCAUUGUUUUCCCCAUGAUGGUUCUGGCCCUGGUGUUCAUUCGGAAGCUCCUGGAUUUCGUUUUCACAAAGAGAGAGCUGAGCUGGCUGGAUGACCUCAUGCCGGAGAGUAAAAAGAAGAAACUGGAGGACGCGGAACGAGAGGAUGAACAAAGUAUUUUGGCUGAGGAGGAGGGAAUUGUCCAAGUGCCACUGGAAGGACAUUACAAGGCUGACCCCUCUACAGUGAACAUCUCUGAUGAAAUGUCCAAAACCUCUUUUGGGAACGUCUGGAAAGCCCUUGGCUCAGAAAGCUCCCAAAAAGAUCCCAGCUCAAAAAGUUUUCCCAAUAGCAUCUUGAAAAGACAGGAGAAGACGACGGACACAGAGAAGGGCUUUGACAGGGAGACAUGUCUGUGAUGUAUCCUCCGUCACUGUGCUUUCAAAUGAAUGGAUAUAGCGCGCACUACAUUUGAGUAGACCAAGUGCGUACGUUUUUGUCAUGAAGGUCCACGUACGUACAUUGUGUAAAGCCCUUUUUCUCCCUCAGUGCAUCUGAAGCUAUGUCUGCGUUUUCGGGAAGCAAACAGGUGGCAUUUCAGAUAGGUUUAUUGUGUAUGUGCGUUUGUAAUACCAGCAACUUUAAGGGGCUGAUGUGGUAGAAAAAUAUAUCUGGAGAUGUGAAGCUAUCAGGACAUUACCCAAUGAUUACCCAGUGAUUGGGCCUGGUGGGUUAAGCUCUCCUUUAAAAUAAUGUUUUUAAAGCUGUUUUUAUUUUAAACUAAGUAGUAUGUAUUUUGUAUGUUUUGUAUUUUUUUUCUUCAAAAAUAAACAAAAUUGCCAAUAUCCUUUGGGAAUACCUUACACAGUAUUUUAAAAGAUCAUAUAUACAAUAGUUUCAAUGAUGGAUAGGGUCACCAGUUUUUCCAAAGCCAUUUUCUAACCUGCAUUUCAAUCAGCCCUCAGCAUGAGGUCAGUAGAGCCUUCUUUGAUUGCAUGUGUUUGAUAAUUGUCACAUUACACCUCCCCAGUUAAUUGGCACUUAAUGAUGAUUGACAGCAAUGUUCCCACACUGUCAUGUGCUAUACUCAGUGUGGUUAUUAGAAAUACAGACAUGUGGUAUCAUGUAAAGUAGCAUAUUUUCAUAGUGUUGUGCUAUGUUCUUGUUUUUUAAGCUGUGGGAAGUAGACUACACACAUAACAAGUGCAGUAAAUGUCACCUGUACAAAAAUGAUAAAUAGAUGGCUAUUUAUAAUAAUGGAAUAAUUUUCAGCUGGGGUUGUCUAAAAAGCCUAUAGUUUUAAACAGAUGUACUGAAAUAAAAGGAAAAUAUUUAAACUUUCAAUGAUGGAUAUUGACGAUGCUUGAUAUGAACUUACUAAGAGGUGCGCCUUUCUGCAUUGAUGGAGUUGGAAUGGAAAAGUAUUGUUUUGCUUUCUGUACAACACUUGGAAAGAUUUUCUUGCCUUUGUCCCAGAACUCCCUGAGAGUCAUUGCAGUUCAGCAUUCUUGUGAAAAUAAUUUGCGACUUAUGAGAUUUACUUGAGGUCAAACACUCUAACAAUCCAUUUUUGUACUGGUUGAAAGAAACAGUUUCUUUUGGUAGGGCAUCAGGGUUUGUAAUAUGUUUUUAGUUUCUCUGUGGCGUCUCUUUAUGUAUUGACACAUUGGCUGUUUGUUGUUUUGACUGUGCUGUGAAUCUGCUGAACUAGUAUUUGAUAUAAAUUUUUAUGUUGCUCAUUCUUGUACGUUUCAUGUAUUCAUAUUUCUAUGCUCCCAAGGCUUGCUUCACCCUUGCUCUAAACCCUUGCCACACAACAUCAGUAGCCCAUGGUGCACGCUUCUGCCUGUGUGGUUUAGUAGAGGGGAAUUCCCUGCCAUUGAAUGCCUGCUUAUUGAGAAAUGCAUGUCAUUUGGAGUUAUCCAGUUUGUCUAGUGGAAUGUUUGAAAAACAAAAAAUGCAUUAAAAAUGCUUUGAUCAAAUCAUGGAUGACAUCUAUCUCCCACUCAAAGCUCAUGUUCCCCUGAUGGCAGAUGAUUCCCUUGAACAAGACUUUGCUGUUUUUUAUUGUACAUUUUGAUCUGUGUUAUGUGCAUAUGUAUUGCGUGCAUGUGUGGAUAAACUGCGUAUACUGGACACUGGUGCACUUGGUUGCUGAGAUGCCUUUUUUAUUUGAAUUUCCUUGCUUGUUUACUUUUCUUAUUCUCCAUGAGUUAAGAAAACUAAUAAUAGAUUGCUUUUAUGAGUGUCAGAAUUAACCACUAAUUCUGUAAGUCAAGUCAUUUUGCUAACCCAUGUCUAAGGAGGAUAUUGAUUGUAAUGCAAGUCUAAAUGCCGUUCGGUCAUGUGCUUUCAAAAAAAAUGGUGACCCUAAUAAAUAAAAAAUACCGAUUUCUGGCUACACACCUUAGCAUAUUAACUUUGCCAUAAAAUCUGUAAAUGUUAAAAUUGCACAAAUAUAUAGAAUACUCAUACAAGUUAUACAUGUAAUAUACAUUAAUUGGACACUAGUUUCAUGUUAUGUAUAGAUAAGAAUAAUAAUUAUAUAAGUAUAAAUAUGCUUUUUCAUAAUUAAAUAAUUUUUGCUAUUCGCUCUAUAGAGACCAUGCUUUGAACAAGCAGUUUGCUAAUGAAGUACCAAGCAAUCACGAAUGAGUAGGCAAUGAUGAAAAUGACGAAAAAUCUAAAUAAAGAUCCAUUCAGCCAUUAUCUAUACCUGCUUAUUCCUGGACAUGGUUGCGGGAGGCGCUGGAGCCUAUCCCAGCUUGCUAAAAUGAAGAUACAUGUACUGUAUGUUUCUUACUUCACUUCUGUUGAGUCAAUGGGCUCAUUAAAGCUUUAGGAUAGUUACAUUUUGAAAGUUUUAAUUUGUGUCAUCUUGGUAUUCAAUCAAAUGUGUGAGCUUUCUUUGUUGAAAUGAAGCCACCUAGACUGAAUCAUCAAGGCUAACUUGCCUUUGAAAAUAUACUGACCUACAAAAAUAAUUUUCAAGUUCAAAAGGAGUUUUAGAGCAAUAGGGUUUAGAACAGCCCUGAUCUAAGCAUCUUCUUUACAACAGCUAAGGACCACACACACACACACACAUAGCACAGGGGACAGAAUAAAUUGUACUGACCGCUAGUCUUAACGCAAGCGAAGUUCAAUUGAUGAAUACAGCACUAGGGCUGUACAUUUGGAAAUAUUCACCUGAGAAAUGGGGACAUACACACAAGAUGCAUGCCCCUCCUCAUAGCUUGCUCUUUUUCCAGUUUAUUUAUUUCCGGUGUAAUUACUGUAACAUUCUCUCACAAUAAAAUGAGAAUCCUUAUAUGUAUGUAUAAUUAGCCAGACCAGUGACCAUUCCAUUCGCCAUCGUUACAUAUACAAAUUAAGCUGUUGUUUUUGUUUUGUUGAAUAUGCUAUAAGGCUUUAUGUAGAACAUUUUCCAGUGAAAAGCUUUGGAUUAAAGCUCUGUCUAAGUAUUAGGGCUUGAAUUGACUGGAAUAAAGACAUUCCUGUCUUGGCCUUAGGAAACCUUGAUACCUGUACUGUAAUUAUAUUGUUUCCACAAUGUGAAAGUAUGACAAGCUUCAGCAACAUAAUUCAGCUUUCAGCACUGGCUUUCAUGUAUCAAUGUUUACUGUUAUGACACAAGUUUUCACAUGUUAAUAACUGGCCUGUUCAAUUCAGUUCAACUACAGUGUGUGUUGUCAUCAGCACUGAAUAAUGACUUCUACUUUUUUGUUUCUAUGUAAAAUUAAAGGUAUACUAUGUAGGAUUUUGCAGCCCUUGUAGACUCUGUGUUUAUAAACCCCACUCACACCACCCACAUCUCCGUCGAGGAUACACCUUUGAGCGCUACAUGCAAAAUGUCAAGUGAAGAGGUGAGGUGGUAUAGAAAAUAUCAUUUUAGUAGCAUGAAUGAUUCCAUAUAGAUGGUAACAGUAAUUAUGCACUGUUAUAACAAUCUUUACACUGAGUGCACCCCUUACUGUGUGGGAACAUGUUACGGUAGCUAUUCCGUAGUGCUGGUGCAGCUAUUUUGUGUUUUUCUUUGUUUGGUAUUUAGCUAUUCCAGGCCCUGUUUCAGGAAGCAGGAUUACUGAGUUAGCUGGAUAACUGCACUGAGUAAAACUCAGAACCAUCCAAAAUCUAGAACAUCGAAUGAAAAAUAGAUUUUCUGGGUUUUACUCCAUGCAAUUAUCCAGCUGUAUCUAGGGUUAUUAGCAUCUACCGUAACAUGCAAAUUAGCAACAAAAACUUAAUUGGAAUCUGAUCCCAAAACACAAGCUUUGUAGCCAUGAAAAGAGCACAGAAAAAAAGCACAGAACAGAGCGCAAAAAUGUUUAAAGACUGAGUGCCAGUGUAUCAUAGAAAUGCCUUAGCAUGGUUAUUUUAUAAUAUUUUCAAAUUAAAAAUCCUGCAUAGUAUGCCUUCAGAUUUAUGGUUACUGAAAUGUUUGGAAAAUGUUAUGUAAGAAAUAAGAAACAUGUCAAAACUGCUUGAAUUUGUUACUCAAGGACAUGGAACAUUGUGAUUAUUCUGAAUAGAGGCCUUAGUUAAGAGAUCAUAUUCUUUACCUGAAAAAUUGUGUUUGAAUAACAAUAAUCUUAUAUGGGGUGUUCUGCUCUGAACUAAAUGUAUUCAAUAACUGUAAAUGUGAGGAGGACACAUCUUGAAAGAAUUCAUUAGAAACAAUAGAAGCAAUAGUAUUUUUACUAUUCAGGCAAAUGUAUGACAUUUAUUGUACUUUAUUAAAUAAAUGCUAGAAUUCCUUUGUAAAAUAAUAUAAUUUUGUUCAAACAAAUACCUAAAUAAAAUGUCUUUAUGUAAUGUGUUGCUUUCUUUUAAAUUUUAAAAGGCAUAAAAAACUUUUGAAUUCAAA